AUGGCAUCAAAUAUCUUUAACACUCUCAAAACAUCCUCAGUUAUUAGAAGUGUUAGAAAUGCCACAAUUAAUGGAUACUUGUGUUCGUAAUGGUUAUUAUGAAGAAGCAUUAGAACUUGCCACGUAUGUUAGACGUUUUGAGAAAAAACAUUCUUCAAUUCCUUUGAUAGCUAGUAUUGUUAAAGAUAUUCAGGAUUCAAUGCAACUUAUGUUAACUCAGCUUUUACAACAACUAAGGUCAAAUAUACAACUUCCCACUUGCUUAAAAGUUAUUGGAUAUUUGAGAAGAAUGGAUGUAUUUUCAGAGAGAGAAUUAAGAAUUAAAUUUCUUCAGACAAGAGAUUCUUGGUUUCAAAAUGUUUUACACUCUUUACCUAAAACUGAUCCUUAUCUCCAUAUUACAAAAACUAUAGAAGCCAGUCGAGUUCAUUUAUUUGAUAUUGUUACACAGUAUCGUGCAAUAUUUUCUGAUGAUGAUCCUUUUUUAAUACCUGGAAAAGAUGCUAAAAAUGAAAGUUCAAUAUUUCACAGUUGGAUUUCUCUCAAGAUUUCAGAAUUUUUAAAAACAUUAGAGCAUGAUAUUUCUGAAGAUUUGGGUGGAAGAUUAGAUUCCAUUCUUUCUCAGGCUAUGUAUUUUGGAUUGUCAUUUAGCAGAGUUGGAGCUGACUUUCGACCACUUUUGAUUCCAAUAUUUCAGAAUACUGUUUUGAAACAAUUUGAAAAGUCUAUGGAGAGAGCUGCAAAGCAAUUUAAACAAGCAAUGCAAACGUUUACUUUAACAUCAUAUUCUUUUUCUUCUGCUGCUGCUCUUAGUGCAACCUUGGCUAAUGAAGAUAAUCUCCAACCUCCUUUGUCAUUGCUAGAAUUUCAGCCACUUGCUCAUUAUUGCAAUGAUAUAUUAACAGCAUUCAAUGAUAUAAGACUUUGUGCACCAUUAACUAUUUCAUCUGAUCUGACAUCUCUGUUAGAAAAUUCUCUCAGCCAAGUUGUUUCUUCUAUUAUUGAUUUUCAUAUGGCAGAACAGACAGCAUUCACCAAAUCUGAAGAAGAAAUUUUCUCACAGUUUUGUGUUCAGUUUGCAAAUGAAUUGUUACCAUAUUUAAAUAAAUGUUUAUUGAUACUAUUUCCUCCAUCUGAAUUGGCCAAAAUUUUGGGAAUAACUAUGACUGAUUUUAAUAAAUUGGGCAAAGUUGGAAGAAUUGAUCUAAAUUCAGUUCUUAGUCCAAUUCAGCAUUUGCUGCCCUCAAAAGAUGAUGAAGGUAUCAUGAUUAAUAUCGAAUCUAUUGGAGAAGUUAAACCUGAAAAUAUUCUAAAAGAAGCAAACCUUGUCAUUGAGAAUGACUCAGACAAUUUGCCGGCAGAAGGUAAAAAAACUGCCGAGGUCAAGAAUAAUAAUGAAAGUGAUAAAGCCUCUGAUGAAUUAAAAUCGGAUACAUUUCUAGGUGAUGAGCACGAAACAAAGAAUAAAUCAAAAUCAGACAUCACGCACAAAGAAAACACUGACUCGGAUCAGUGAUUAUUCAAUGUAUUUUAAUUUGCAUAUUUAAAUAAAAUCUUAAUAUAUUAUUUAUAUUAUUCACAUAAAAUUAAAAAGUCUUAACAUUAACUUUUAUCAUUU